AACGUUUACGUUUGACGUUUCCUUCAGCUGUCAAACCUUUUUGUUUCGGCCAUUUUCGCCGAACGUUUGGUGUUCGCUUUAGGUCACGUAUCUUUUCGUGGCCUUUAGAUCACAUAAAUAAAACUCUUUCAAGAUGGUGCAGAAGAAGCCCAAGAAGAAGGUAGGCAAGAAAGUAGCGGCCGCACCUCUGGUCGUGAAGAAAGUUGAGCCUAAAAAGAUAGUGAACCCACUAUUCGAGAAGAGGACCAAGAACUUUGCUAUUGGUCAGGACAUCCAGCCCACAAGGGAUCUGUCCCGCUUCGUCAGAUGGCCCAAGUACAUCCGCAUCCAGCGCCAGAAGGCCGUGCUCCAGCGCAGGCUCAAGGUGCCCCCACCAAUCAACCAAUUCACCCAGACACUUGACAAGACCACAGCUAAGGGAUUGUUCAAGAUCUUGGAGAAAUACAGGCCAGAGACUGAGGCAGUCAGGAAAGAGCGUCUGAAGAAGGCUGCUGAAGCUAAGAUCGCCAAGAAGGAUGAGCCCCCACCAAAGAGGCCAAACACCAUCCGUGCUGGCACCAACACAGUCACCAAGCUUGUUGAGAAGAAGAAGGCCCAGCUUGUAGUCAUCGCUCAUGAUGUUGACCCCAUUGAGCUUGUCCUCUUCCUGCCCGCCCUUUGCCGUAAAAUGGGCGUGCCCUACUGUAUUGUCAAGGGCAAAUCCCGCCUGGGAGCCCUUGUACACCGCAAGACUUGCACCUGCGUAGCAAUCACACAUGUUGAGUCUGGCGACCGUGCAGCCUUCUCAAAGGUCACGGAAGCCAUCAAGACCAACUUCAACGAGCGCUACGAAGAGCUCCGCAAACACUGGGGAGGUGGUGUCCUCGGCAACAAGUCCAACGCGCGUAUUGCUAAGCUCGAGAAGGCGAAGGCACGCGAGCUGGCGCAGAAACAAGGCUAAGCCUAAUAAAGUUUAAGACCUAACAUAC